AGUAUUAUUUUAUUAUGUUGACGUGAGAUCAAUCCUUCGUCUCCCUUCUGCUUUUCCUUUCUCUACCUCUGUAUCUCUCACUGUCUCGUGCAGGCCCAGAUCCUACUCUCGCCGAUCAUUUGAGAGUGAGACUUGAAAGAUUUGUUUGCAGAGAGACUGACAGGUAGAGAUGGUGACAUCAUCGUUGGUGAAUACGUAUCCACUGGCAAGCUACACUUUUGGGACCAAAGAGCCCAAGAUGGAGAAGGACACUUCCGUCGCCGAUCGCCUCGCUCGCAUGAAAGUCAACUAUAUGAAAGAAGGAAUGAGGACCAGCGUGGAAGGGAUUUUACUGGUACAGGAACAUAAUCAUCCUCACAUACUUCUUCUUCAAAUUGGGAACACUUUCUGUAAACUUCCUGGUGGGCGUUUGAAGCCUGGGGAGAAUGAAAUUGAGGGCUUGAAAAGAAAGCUGACCAGCAAGCUUGGUGCUACAGUACCUGCUCUUGUGCCAGACUGGCAGAUAGGUGAGUGUGUGGCUGUCUGGUGGCGGCCAAACUUUGAAACCAUAAUGUAUCCAUAUUGCCCACCUCACAUAACAAAACCUAAGGAGUGUAAGAAGCUUUACCUUGUUCACUUGUCUGAGAGGGAGUACUUUGCAGUCCCAAAAAAUUUAAAACUUCUUGCCGUUCCACUGUUUGAGCUCUAUGAUAACGUUCAGAGAUAUGGACCAGUUAUAUCCACCAUUCCUCAGCAACUCUCCAGAUUCCAGUUCAACAUGAUCACUAAAUGAAUGAAGCAUGGAUUUCUAAAACUCACGUUCUUAUAGCUCUGCUUAUAGUUUCUGAAGUUCGUACCUUGAUUUAAUCACGUGGACUGCUAGAGCUCAGACCUGGACAUUACUUCAUGACUGAAUUUUAAGUUGGUUAGAUGGUUCUUCUCCACUUAGGCUGAUAAUGCAAACCUAUCUUUUGAAAUGGUCUCUCUGCCUGUAUUCGGUCCUUUCAAAUAUCUAGUGAUGUGUAUUACCUCAUCCUGGGAUUCUUGUUCAAACCAGGUGUUUGUUGUGUGAUUUGUCGGAGUCAUAUCUACUUUAGUGGAAGAGAGAUAUUUCCUUCUGAGAGUGAAGAGUCCAGUGAAAUUUUAGCAGGGAUACAAUGGGUUAAAUGUAAUCUUUGCUUCGUUGUAAUAUUGUGGGGGAAAUUAGGGUACAGAAGGUGAGAUGUGUGUAGCAUGUAUCAGGCAGUUUCUAUUUAUUUCGUUGAAGUAUGUGAAGCAACCAACUACAUGGUCUCAUUUUGGAUA